GCCGCUCCCUAAAAAUUUUAGGCUGCGCUUUCAAGACUUUUUCAUCCUUCAAAACCUCGUUUCAUCAACCUCCUCUCAUCCACACAACAACCACAACCGACAAUUCCACGGUCCUUCUUGUUUCUGUCUUUCGUUUUCACUUUCGGAUAGACUUGGAGAGGCGUUCUGUGUCUCUCAUUCUAUCUGCCGGACACGAAAGACCAAGCAAUCAUCAGCGAUUGAAACAUUAGACGCCUCAACAGCCUCACUUCACCUUUCGAGCAGCGAUUAUCACAACUGCCUCUUUUCUUCACUCAGUCAAACUAUUUCAGACGUCGAACUACCUGUUUGACCCUUUCGAUCCCAAAUACCAGAUUUCACUCAAAACUACCAAACAUGGCUGAUUCCUUGAACAUGAACGGUCUCUCUCUGAACGAAUCCAAGCACGCUCCAGGCAAUCCGAUGCCCGCUCGUGCGUACAUUCCUCCUCAUCUUCGUGGCCAGAGUGCCCGUGGUCCUCCAGUGAUGGGUAUGGACGGAGCAGGUGCCGGACCUGCGCCUGGACCUGCACCUAACGCCGGAAACCAAGGAUUGAACGGAAGCGCCUGGGCUACCAAUACUCAAAGCAAUGGCAGCUGGGCGGCGGCUCCUGAUUUCAAGCCUGGUCCUGGUGCCCCCGCUCCUGGCGCUCCUGGCGCUCCUGGUCCUGGCGCUCCUGCUCCUCAAGCCAAUGGCUGGGGUGCUGGUCACACUCCGCGUGCCUUCAACCCGAACGCCUACGGUGCUCCUGGUGGUGGCCAUGGUGGUGGUCAUGGCGGCGGUUACGGUGGAAAUUAUGGUGGCAACGCUGCCCGUGGUUCAGGAGAUGGUCAAUGGAGAGAUGGUCAACACAUUGCAGGACCACCAAACCCAAAAGUUGAACGUGAACUAUUCGGCACACCAAACGACCCGACCAAGGCUCAUACUGGAAUCAAUUUUGCCAACUAUGACGACAUCCCUGUUGAGGCUAGUGGCCACGAUGUCCCGGAACCGGUCAAUGCAUUCACAAACCCUCCCCUUGAUGAUCACCUUCUGAGCAACAUCAAGCUCGCACGAUACACCACUCCAACGCCUGUACAGAAGUAUUCUAUUCCAAUCGUGAUGGGUGGGCGAGACCUCAUGGCUUGUGCCCAGACUGGUUCUGGCAAGACCGGCGGUUUCUUGUUCCCUAUUCUUUCACAGGCUUUUCAAAAUGGACCGUCUGUCACACCUACCAGUGGAGGUGGUUUCCGCCAACGCAAGGCUUUCCCGACAUCUUUGAUUCUGGCCCCCACACGUGAAUUGGUCUCCCAGAUCUAUGAUGAGGCACGAAAAUUCUCUUACCGUUCCUGGGUCAGACCAUGCGUGGUCUACGGUGGUGCCGACAUUGGUACUCAACUUCGCUCUAUUGAACGAGGUUGUGACUUGCUCGUUGCUACUCCAGGCCGUCUUGUCGAUCUCAUAGAGCGAGGCCGCAUCUCCCUGGCGAACAUCAAGUAUUUGGUUCUCGACGAGGCCGAUCGCAUGCUUGACAUGGGUUUCGAGCCCCAGAUUCGUCGCAUUGUCGAGGGCGAGGACAUGCCUUCAGUCCAGAACCGCCAAACCCUCAUGUUUUCCGCCACUUUCCCGCGCGACAUCCAGAUGUUGGCAAGAGAUUUCCUCAAGGACUACGUCUUCUUGUCAGUCGGUCGAGUGGGCUCUACAUCCGAGAACAUCACCCAGAAGGUUGAAUACGUCGAAGACCAGGACAAGCGCUCCGUCUUGCUAGACAUCCUCCACACUCAUCGUAACGGUCUCACCCUGAUCUUCGUGGAGACCAAACGCAUGGCCGAUACCUUGUCCGACUUCCUGAUCAACCAAGGCUUCCCAGCCACUGCAAUCCACGGUGAUCGCACGCAACGUGAGCGUGAAAGAGCACUGGAAUUCUUCCGCAAUGGCAGAUGCCCCAUCAUGGUUGCUACGGCCGUUGCUGCUCGUGGUCUCGACAUCCCGAACGUUAUGCAUGUUAUCAAUUACGACCUACCCACUGACAUUGACGACUAUGUGCACCGAAUCGGUCGUACCGGUCGUGCUGGCAACACCGGUCUGUCAACCGCUUUCUUCAAUCGCGGUAACCGUGGCAUUGUUCGUGACCUCAUGGAGCUUCUCAAAGAGGCAAACCAAGAAGUUCCCAGCUUCUUGGAGAAUAUUGCUCGUGAAAGUUCUGGGUUCGGCGGUGGUCGCGGGGGACGUGGUCGCGGUGGUGCCGGCCGCGGUGGCUCUGCUACUCGUGACAUGCGUCGUGUAGGUGGUGGCAUGGGCGGCGGGCCUCCUUCCUACAGCGGCGGCUAUGGCGGUAGCAACUACGGCGGUAGUAGUGGUGGCUAUUCUGGUGGGGCACCAUAUGGCGGUGGGGCAUAUAGCGGUGGAUACAGUGGCGGCAGUGGAGGAGGAUACGGCAACCCAGGCGGUGCCACAGGCCCUUCGUCGUGGUGGUAAACGGCUACUGGCGUUUUCUAGUGGAGCGGCCUUUCCAUCUCUUGUCGACACGGGGAGUUUUCUUUUUACUUCAACAUUUGCACUCUCGAACAGUGACCGGGGUUGCCCUCAAAAGCGAAUGGGCAGGCUCCUUCAGCAUGGGCUUGCUUCUUCGGUGACGACGACGACGGCCACGGCAUUUUCUUCGAGACGACUGUUUAUUAUCGGUCUCAGCAUGAUACACUGAUAGAUAGCGUUGGCUUUUUUUCCGGAUCGAUUUCCAGAUACCCCUCAGCAUGUCGAACUGCCUCAUGUGAACAGAGGGACGGACGAUACGUGCAGACGAACACCAGACUCACACCACGGCGUCGGUUUGAGACGAAAGAGAGUGUGACGGCGCAAACUCGAAGCUUGAAACAAUGGGAUGAUGAGACUCAUCAGAAGGCUCUGACAUGAAUGGGGGCCGCGGGGCUGGAAGGACUGACCUUUCCGGCCUUUGACGAGAUUCGUUUUUCACCAAAAGAACCAAAAGUUAUUUGCGGGUUUCUCUCUCUUUCGACAUCCUGUGGGACAUGAUGAAUUCAAUAGACUUUUUCGACAUGGACAUGACACCAAAAUCAAUCACGAGCUUUUAUGGGAGGCCGACAGGAAAAGCCUGGGAAUCAACGGGAAAUAAAUGGAUGGGGAUAUUCUACCACGGCAAAUGGGGGAGAAGAAUAAUACUGCGAAAGACCAUCUGUGCAUCUUCCCGGAGUUUGCUUCUGCCCAGGGCUUGAUUCCACACUCGAGAGCUUGUGCUUUGAUGAUGACGGAGCUUUCUUCAUACGAGACCCAGAGGGAAAAGGUCUUCGCUGGCUGUUGUUAGAUCAGGCUCGCCAGGCCACUAUUGCACUUUUGUUAGCCAAAAUCCAAUCAAGCAUCCAAUGCAACCAUGGACCAUCUACUCUUACGCGUUUUCUGCUCGAGAUGAGACAUAAG